AUGUUAAGCCUGCUGAGGCUGGCGCAGUGGGAAGCCACAGCCUCCAGAGACAUACAGGAAGAGAAAUUGGAUAUCAGGAGUAGACAGUACCUGGAGCUAGGAGAGGACUUUCCCACAGGAGCUAUGGACCUUCGUAGAGGGUCUCAGCUGUCCCAUUAUGAGCUGCAGGGAGGGGUCCAGGAGAAUAAACACCCUGAUCUCAGUCUCCUGUCCUGUCUCCUGUCAUGCCUCUCACUGGAGGAAUCCAGCUGCACUUCUGAGACAGCCCCUCGACCAUAUACGGCUCCAGGAAAUAUGCAGCCUCCAAUUCGAUUGCAGCUUCUUGCCAGUAAUCCAGCUGUAGGAACUGUGCCAAAGAUAACUUCAGGGUCCAGACCAAAAACCUCAAUGCUGGAAAGUGAAGCUCCAUUUCCUGUUGGGGGCAAGAAGGCCAUGAUGAAGUUCAAGAACUCCACAGACAGUUCACAGAGAAUGAAUCCAUAUCAACUUCCGAACAUUAGCAAUUACUUGAUGCCUAUUCCUCCUCCACCUCCUCCCCUAAAUGGACAAAUCAGAAAGGAAAAUAGAUCUGAACCCUGGAGAAGGAGAAGGUUUCGCCCAACCACUGCUCCAAAUGGCUUGGAACCUCUCUUCACAAGGGAUUCAAGAAAGAUUCAUAAAACAUCACUGCAUAGUAAUGCAGCUAUUACAAUGAUUUAUUUGGGGAAAAAUGUGCAUCUCUCUUGUGAUAACUCUGACUUCAGAGAUGAAAUAAAAGUUUAUCAACAGCACUGUGGUGGGGAGAACCUUUGUGUCUACAAGGGCAAGCUACUUGAAAAAGAAACCUUCCAAUUUAUUUCCAAAAGGCACCAUGGUUUUCCCUUCAGUCUUACCUUUUUCCUGAAUGGAAUACAGGUGAACAGGCUAAGCUCCUGUUGUGAAUACAAGCAUCGAAAAGGUUCCAGACUUGGAGGCAAACGAGGCUACUUUGGAAUUGUGUGUGUGGAGAAAGCAUCUCCUUGCUACAAGUGUAUUAUUGCAUUGGGCCUUGACACCAAAGCAUUUUCAUCAAAACAUAGGAAAGAAAAGAACUCUGAGAAGAGAGAGGAAUUGGAGAGUGAAAUGAAAGAUAAACAAUACUUGAUACCAAGAAGAAAUGGGACCAAGUGGAAGAAAGUUUCUGUAUCAACUGUUUUUUCAGCUGAAGAAAUAGAAGUGGGGGUCAGAGAAGUAAGAACAGCCAUAGAAGAAAUUGAACAUCUAGGAAAACCAGGACAAGAUGUUUGGGAAGAUUACCAGGAAAAUACUUUCAAAUAUGAAUAUGAAGAAGACUUUGAAGUCGAUGAGGAGAAACAAAAUGAGAAAUCUAAUGAAGAAGGACAGGCCGAUGAUCAAAUGAAUGGAAUGUCAAAGUCACCCUCAGAUGAUGAAAAAGAUAAUUUAGACCCUGAAAAGAAGAGUGAAACCUCAUCACAGAAGGCACCAGAUGCUGAUGACAACGUGAGAGAUGAGGAUGAUGGAUGCUCUGAGAGUGAAUUAGAAGAGGACAAACAAGACAUAAAAACUGCUUCAUCAACCUCCUCCAGAAGUCACACAUAUUCUAGUGACAGUGAAGAUGAACCUGCCACGGAGGACAGGGAAGUCCAUGGUGAAAACAGUGCUGAUGAAAGUGCCAGAAGUUCAUUGUCUCCGGAACUGAGUGAAAGUGACAGGCCAGAGAAAUCUCAACUUCCACUUACAGAGUCCUUUGAAAUCAAAAUUGAAGAUCAGGAAGCAGAGAAGUCAGAUGUGGAGACCACACCUCUCCCCAUUCAGGAAAGCUUUGAGAAUGUUCUUGAAGAAGAAAUUGAGAAGGGAACCCAAGGUGAUUCAGAGAGUUUAUCUGAACGUUUAUCUCAAGAAGCAAUGGACGAGAAGAGUAAGCUUUGGGAAGGAAGAUCUGCUAGCACGUGGGUCAAUAAGGCAAGUCUCCCUGAAGUGGAGAAAGGUGUUGGACAGAUAAUAACUGAAGCCUUGGCGCUGGGUUCCCAUUGCUACUCUGAUGCCAAGUCUGGUGCGAGCCGUGCAGAUGAGCCGGGGAAGCCCUCGAGGAAGCUGAAGAUUGACACAGGUGGAGCCCCGAAGAGGGAUUUAGUGGUGGAGAAAACGCUAGCACUCAGUUUAAACAAGGAAGCAAAGCAAGCUGCACAAGAAACUGACCUGUUGCUGAAGAAAGAAGCAAAGGCGGAAGACGAAGCCACCCAGUACAGAGAUGCUGACACAAAGGAGGGAGAAGGGGCCACGGCACCCACAGAAAGCACAGGGAUCACCCAGGUUCCCCUCGGGGAGAGGAAGCGCACAGCAGAGCUCCCAACACUGGAAAGAUUCCCAGAGGAAACAGAGAUGCUUGUAGGUACAGGCAGUGUGACAGGACCAGAAGUAGACAGUCCUGGCCUCCCAAGAAAAGCAGCAGCAGGAAGUUCUGAGGCUCUCAGUGCAGCGGAGGUUCCUGAAACACAGGCCUCUGUGGAAACAGUGCCAGAGCCAGUUGAGCCAGUGCCUGCAGGAGAAGCAAGCUCACUGUGGGCAGGACUUGCAAAUAAGGCCGAUUUUCAGGAGGCAGCAGUUGAGAGAGAGUCAGGGACACACUCAUCUCGGGAGGGAGAGGCUCAGACACCAGCAGCUGUGAGUGAGGCCCCAUCCCGAAAGCCAGAUAUGGGUGAAAGCCAGGUGGAAGCACUCAAAGACAUAGAGAACGUGGCGCUGGUGGGAGACGCAGCCUUGGAGACAGGGAGCAGCUCCAAUGAGGCGGUGGCUGGGCGGGAGCAGCAGGCUGGAGAGAGGGAAGGGCUGAUGCGGGCAGAAACACCUGUGGGCACUUCCACAAGAGAGGCAGAGGCAAGCUGUGGGGGCAUCUCGGAGGGCAUUCCCGAAGCACUUAGGAAGCCAGAACAGGUUGUGAAGGAGGUCAAAUCAGACAGGGAAGAGGACAGGAAAGACGCCUUGUGCCUUGGCGCAUUGGAAGUAGCAGGAGAGAGGGGGGCAGCUGAGAGGCCCAACCCAGCUCCACGAGGAACUGAAGAUGCGGGAGCAGAGGGGAAGAAAACCAAUGCACAGGAGGGUGAAAAUGCUCCAGAAGGCGAGCAUACCUCCAAAGGGGAAGAGAGGAAAACUGUGCAGGAAGUAAAAUCCCAGGAGGUGACAGGAGCUCUUCAAAGCGGAACAGAAUCGGAUGCUGAGCAGGUGGCUAAAUUGACCGAGGGGACAGAAGUGGAGGCGGCUUGUGAGGCAGCCCCAAGAUUGCAGGAGUCCCUGGAGGGCAUAAUAGCUCCGAAUAAAGGAAGAUCAGAGGAAGAACUGAGCGAGGCACCAGACACUGUGCCCAGGAAUGUAGCCAAGCUGCAAGACUCGCUCCCCGCUGGAGGAGUGGGCGAGACAGGAGCACUGGAGGGGGAGGCCGAAGAAAGGGCACGGGCUUCUGUUGGGGCUGUCCAGGCCUCAGCGGAGGCCAAGGAGACUGCAGCCAAAGACGAGGACUGCCCUGCAGGGCAGGGGAAGGAUGAAGACACGCCUCUAAUGGGACAAGGCAGAGGGACAUUUGUGGCCCAGGAAGAUGAUCCAGAAAGAGAGCCCAGGAUAGCUGGCAAGUUAAGCAAAGCAGCGGGUGUUGAGGACCCAGAAGAAGAGGAGGAGGCUAAGGAGCUCCCUCAGGGGACAGGAGAAAUGAAAUCAGGGACCCCAUUGGGUUUGGCUAAGGACUUUCAAAGCCAGAGGAGGGAGCUGUGGCAAGGCCCGCAGGGGCCUGAGGUGAAAACUGCAGCAAACACAGCCGCCUCCGAUCCCUAUGUUGGUGGGGAGAAAACUUGUCACAGUGGGGAAGAGUUACUGGGAAAAACAACAGCUGUAGAGAGGGAAGCGGUGGAGAUGACAGCGACACAGGGGUCUGAGGCAGCUCUGAGACAGGACACAGAAGACAGGAUGCAUAUAGAGAUGAUCCCGGAGUCACCGCCUGGGAAACCGUCAGCGUCAGGAGAGAACCUGCUGCCGGUGGUAACACCUCCUGCGGGGCUCAGUGUCCCUGGUGCCCAAGAGAAGCAAGAGCAGGUGGUGCAGCAGGACCCUGACCCUGCAGAAACUAUCAACGUGAAGACCUAG